AUGCAGUUCCUCCCAUAUCCCUCAGGCUGCACUGCACGUGACAGGCCCUUCGAAGGUUUCGAAGGAAGACUUGACAGCAGCAGCACCGGCGGAGCUUUGUUCCUGGCACGGCAGACUGGCGCUUCUUCUUUAAACACGACGGUAACAGCAACAGAGGCACUAGAAUUUACCGCAUCCAUAUCACCCUCACAUCUCCCGAAUAGAGAAGCACUAGCACUGUUAGAAGGGACGAAAGGACAAGUGACAAGGAGAAACGACGUCGCCGUUAAUAACUUUCCAGGAGCCACGUCUGCUUGUUCUUCGUUUACCGUGGAAACGCCUUUUGAGAUGAAUGUACGGACUGGAAAAGCGGGUGUUCUGAGGAGGAUCACAGUGGGUGGAUGGGGUUCCCCAAGGGCUCCUCAUCCAUGGGUAGCGCGAGAGUUGCUGCUGGAGGCAUUGAGAGACGCUUCUGAAAAUGGCUGCCGUUGGAGACGUCUUGAGAAUGCCGGCUGGUCCAAAGCAUGCCAUCAGGAGCAGCAGCGUCAGCAGCAGCCAGAGCAGGAUCAGCCCAACGUGAUUAGGGUGUAUUGCGGAGCGCAGCACUCAGCAGCGGUUAUGGAGGAGGGCGGGCUUUAUGUAUGGGGAAGCAACAGCUGCGGCCAACUAGGAAUCGCUCCUGCAGGUGACUUGGAUAACUCCGCAGCGCCACUGCAGCAACAACAGCAAAAUCUGUUUCAGAGUAGCCGCAAGAAAAGCAGGAGCGUCAAGGCAGCAGUGGCAGCAGCUAUGCGCAAACAGCGCCUGCCUACAUCCCUGUGGAGGCCGUCAAUCCUCCCUAUGUUCGGUGGAGAACACAAAGUACAAGCCGUUGCCUUGGGCGGGGAACAUAGCAUAUUUCUCUGCCGAGAUGGCUCCAUGUGGGUUUGUGGCAGCAAUGCUGAAGGUCAGCUAGGCCUCUUUUCAGCUCCACAACAGCCGCUUCUUUUUGCUGCACUGCCCCAAAGGAUGCCGAUAGAAGACCGGACAAUGUACAAGGGCCUGAAACCUCCAAUUGCGGCUGUUGCUGCUGGUUACAGGUCUGUAGUAGCUGCUGCCGCGGCAGUAGGGGCCACCAACAGACUGCACUUUCUUCACAGCCUUGAAGCCAGCACAUUCUGCAUUCUCGAGCCGCGAACCUCUAUUUACUCUCUGGUUGCUCCGUUGCCGCAUCCAAGAAUGUCUAAUUUCGUGCUUCCCCAACUGCUACAUUCUGUUCGCCCGAGUGGACGUACAGCGGUCUUCGCACCUGCUGCAGCUGGAGCCUGGCCGGAACUUCAGAAGCAAGUGCUUUUUUGGCUUUCCGCUGCAGGCAUUCAGCUUGUAUUGAUUGCAGAGAUCAGUUGUUUACUUGGGGCAACAAUGAGGUAA